CCAUGGUGCAGGUCUCUCCGGGUCAGGGCUCCCUCUCGGGUCAGGUCUCUCUCUCGGGUCAGGGCUCCCUCUCGGGUCAGGUCUCUCUCUCGGUUCAGGUCUCUCUCUCGGUUCAGGUCUCUCUCACGGUUCAGGUCUCUCUCUUGAGUCAGGUCCCUCUCGGUUCAGGUCUCUAUCUAGGUUCAGGUCUCUCUCUCGGUUCAGGGCUCUCUUUGGGUCAGGUCUCUCUCUUGGGUCAGGUCUCUCUCUUGGGUCAGGUCUCUCUCAGGUCAGGUCUCUCUCUCGGGUCAGGUCUCUCUCAGGUCAGGUCUCUCUCUUGGGUCAGGUCUCUCUCUCGGGUCAGGUCUCUCUCUUGGGUCAGGUCUCUCUCUUGGGUCAGGUCUCUCUCUUGGGUCAGGUCUCACUCAGGUCAGGUCUCUCUCUUGGGUCAGGUCUCUCUCUCGGGUCAGGUCUCUCUCUCGGGUCAGGUCUCUCUCUCUUGGGUCAGGUCUCUCUCUCAGGUCAGGUCUCUCUCUCGGGUCAGGUCUCUCUCUCAGGUCAGGUCUCUCAGGUCAGGUCUCUCUCUCGGAUCAGGUUUCUCUCUGUGGUCAGGUCUCUCUCUCGGGUCAGGUCUCUCUCUUGGGUCAGGUCUCUCUCUCGGGUCAGGUCUCUCUCUUGGUUCAGGUCUCUCUCUCGGGUCAGGUCUCUAUCUCGGGUCAGGUCUCUCUCUCAGGUCAGGUCUCUCUCGGAUCAGGUCUCUCUCGGGUCAGGUCUCUCUCUCGGGUCAGGUCUCUCUCUCGGGUCAGGUCUCUCUCUCAGGUCAGGUCUCUCUCGGAUCAGGUCUCUCUCGGGUCAGGUCUCUCUCUGGGGUCAGGUCUCUCUCGGGUCAGGUCUCAUAUAACUGCAGUCUCUUCUCCUCUAGACGGGGACUCAUCUUCUUCUUAACAUAGUCUGGGGGAAGGACAGAAGGAGGGAGAGGAGAGGUGCGGAUUGGUUACCUACUCUCUCACACACAGGUUGGCACAAACACACCUGUCACAUGCCAGCCCCAUGUAUCAGGGAGCCCUCUCCCCUACAAUCUCCAGCACAAGGGGAGAUUUAUCCAAACCCAUGUACAGGCCUUUUCUGAUUGGUUGCUAUGGGAACCUGUAGGCCUCUUCCCCUUCAGGUGAGGGUAAAGACUGUAGUCAGGAUAUCGUAGUCCUCUGCGCUGCCGCACACGUCCUGGUGAAGCUUUAGAAACAUAUAAAGCGAACAGCAGCGACUCUUCCCUACAGACCACGGCGAGAUUUAUCAAAACCCGUCCAGUUGUCCAAUCAGCAACCAAUCACAUCGCAUCUUUCAUUUUUUAAAAGGCCUC